CGCUGCCUCCCUCGCUCGCCGUCUCUCCUCGCCUCUGAUUCUGCGCACAGCCGGCCCCAGCGCCUGUCAUUCUGCAAAACACAGUUUACUCCACGGCGAGCGGGGGAGACAGAGGGAGAGGUGGCGAGGAGGCAGCCGAGCAGCCCAGUCCCGCAGCCCAGCAUGGCUUCGGGGGACCUUUACGAGGUUGAGAGGAUUGUUGACAAAAGGAAGAACAAAAAGGGUAAAUGGGAAUAUCUUAUCAGAUGGAAAGGCUAUGGAAGCAAUGAGGACACGUGGGAACCUGAGCAUCACCUAUUGCAUUGUGAGGAAUUUAUUGAUGAGUUCAAUGGACUACGUGUCACUAGAGAAAAACGAGCAAAACAUGGGAAACAGACCAGUGCGCCAAAAUUUUUACGAGAAAGCCGAGGGUCAUCUGUUGAGAAAAUAUCACACAGACCUUCUGAAUCUGGGAAGGCCAAAGGGUCAACACAUAAAAGAAAGCGAAUUAACCCAUCUCUUCAAAAACAGAAAAGAGGGUACACAGCAAAGCCGGCACCUGCUGGUGACAGGGCCGCUAAAACUGUGACUUACCGAACUACGCCCAGUGGUUUACAGAUCAUGCCAUUGAAAAAGCCUCACAAUGGCCUACAGAACGGAGAUGCUGGUCACGAGAAAGAAUCUAGACAUUUUGGGAAUGGCUCACAACAGCAAAAUAUGGAUUUAAAUGGCCAUGAAGGAGAACAUGAUUUGCCCAGCAUGUUGGAAGUUAAUAAUGAUGUGCCUGUUGUGAAUGGAAUCGGUUCCUCUCUGGCCAAUGGAGGCCUGAAUCUGCACAGCACUGUGAAAAGGAAACUGGAUGGGGAGAAAGAUUAUGUCUUUGAUAAGAGACUAAGGUACAGCGUGCGUCAAAAUGAAAGUAACUGUCGGUUCAGGGACAUUGUGGUCCGGAAAGAAGAUGGUUUCACACACAUUCUGCUCUCCAGCCAGACUUCAGAUAACAAUGCACUGACCCCAGAGAUCAUGAAGGAAGUUCGGAGAGCAUUGUGCAAUGCAUCAGCUGAUGACAGUAAACUCUUACUUCUCAGCGCAGUGGGAAGUGUAUUCUGUAGUGGCCUAGAUUACUCAUAUUUAAUUGGCAGGUUAUCCAAUGACAGAAGAAAAGAAAGCACUAGGAUUGCAGAAGCUAUAAGGGAUUUUGUAAAAGCUUUUAUUCAAUUUAAGAAGCCAAUUGUAGUUGCUAUCAAUGGCCCAGCUCUUGGGUUGGGAGCUUCUAUCUUACCACUAUGUGAUAUCGUUUGGGCAAGCGAGAAGGCUUGGUUUCAGACCCCAUAUGCGACGAUCCGACUCACUCCAGCUGGCUGCUCAUCGUAUACAUUCCCACAAAUACUGGGUGUUGCUCUGGCAAAUGAAAUGUUGUUCUGUGGGAGAAAGCUAACAGCACAGGAAGCCUGCAGCAGAGGACUUGUGUCACAAGUAUUUUGGCCAACAACAUUCAGUCAAGAAGUGAUGCUGCGAGUAAAGGAAAUGGCAUCUUGCAGCGCAGUGGUAUUAGAAGAGUCUAAAUGCCUGGUGCGGAGCUUCCUGAAAUCUGGACUUGAAGAUGUGAAUGAAAAGGAGUGUCAGAUGUUAAAACAGCUGUGGAGUUCUUCCAAAGGACUGGAUUCAUUAUUCAGCUACUUGCAAGACAAAAUCUAUGAAGUCUGAAAUCAUAGCUUAACUUCGAGAGAAAACAUUCCAAGUGUAAAGAGUUCAAACAUUACCUGUGUUUGAAAAGCAGAGGGAACGCAUCCUUGAGAUGAAUUUGUGACAGUGUAUCUUAAUACAUAUGGUUGUGUCAAUUUCCUUGUGAGUUAAAUUGAGAAGUUACACAGCUGCUUCUAGCUGGUUUGAUUUUGUGUAAUCAAGAUGGAGGCAGGCUUGGUCAGCGCACAUAAAUUCUACUGAGUGCUGCAUCAUUCACAUGCUCAUCCAGUUAGAAGUGUACAUUCCACGUGCUGAAAAGCACUACUGUGGCCCAGUAAGGCACACCAUCUGUAAUGAUUUAUUUUAUCUGUCCUUUUUUUAACUUAUUCUUGCUUUGCAACAAAUGUCUGUGCUGACACUGAGGGCUCGAUCUGAAAAUCAGGUCACAGUAACAUUCUGCAGACCCAGAUUAUUAUACUUCAGAAAUCUUUUAAUUAUUUUUUUAAGUUCUAACAAUGUAAUGAAAAAACCUGAUAAUUUAUGUGUAUAAUAUGUAAAGUUAGUUUUGGGAAAAAAAAAAAAAACUACUAGGAUUUUUUUCUUUCAUUGAAUUUAUUUAACUUAUUUAUUUUAUGUUUGUAUGCAACUGUUUAUUGAUCAUAUAGAUAUUAUUUUCAUACUUCCCUUGACUGGAUUAAUGGUUUCACAUGAGAAUGCAAGUAGCCCAGUGCAUUUUUAACAGUGAGCUGUGUAUACAAUAAAGAACAUACAGAAAUCACCAAAUGUCUGGGCACUAAAAGUGACAGCCAUGUACGUGUUCCUUUAUGUGUGAAAUUGUACAAAGAUGUAUUGAAGUCGAGUCAUAGUUUGUUAAACUCGUUAAGGAAAAUCAGUGGCAGCUGCAAUAGUGAGUCCCACACAAGUCUCUCUUCACUUCCUGCCUUUUUGAGGAGCACUGAAGGGCUUGCCAACAAAAUGCUUUAAGUUUACUAUUUUCUUAUUAGCUGGACAUUAAUAACAGGGUGUGUGGUGCCCUUAUGUGGCAUCAUAGUGUUCUUCAGGUUUAAACAUCUCCUUUUGGUCUGAAGUCUACAAACAAACCCUUGUGAGCCUUAGUCUAUCUGCCUGAUUGCUCAGUUGUGGGAUAAUUAAUACUCUGGAGGCAUCUGGGUCUGGGAUAGGAGUUUUAUAAAAAGGUGCUAGGUUUUGAACUGGGUGGAGACAGAGUUUUUGUUUUGCUUUUCCAAUACUCCAUGGCUGGCCACCCCAUGAUCUGGUUAUGCGGAAGAAAAAAAAAAUCUAUGGCUGUCCAUAAAAACAGUCUGUGAUAAAGUGAAAGAAAAAAGAAAAAAAAAAAAAAGAAAUCUAAUUUGCUGUUUCAAAAUGUGACCCUAAUAUUUUUCAGCAAUACUGACUUUUGAACACUGGAUUCAAAAGUCUAGCAGGCAGUUAGGGAGGAAAUAACAUGAACAUGUUCAGUGAAUCAAACUGCUAUAUUAGUAUGCCCAAAUCAAAAUCUCUCAAAGCAGAAAAUUUGCACCUUUGUUUCUUUAGUGAUUUGUGCACUUGCUCUCCAUCCUUGAGCUCACUGCCCAGAUUACAGUUUAAAAGAACCACAAGUGAGCUGAGGGGUUUGUUCGUUUUUUCCUUACAAUCUUUCAAAAAAGAGUCUCAAUAAAGUCUUUGAGAGACUGCAAACCGACAAUUCUAGUGAGCAGUAGGUUUCCACAAAGUCCAUCCAUCUUUUCGUUUUUCAUAGUUAAAAGUAAAAUACCUUCCAUUUACAUUCUAUAUAUGUUCCUAGGGCCAAAUUGUGCCAUUGAUUUUUUUUUUUUUUUUUUUU